AUGUUGAUCGCCUCCGACAAUAUUAUCUCUUCUGCUACUGGAAUCCAGCAAGGUGAUCCACUUGGUCCACUACUAUUUGCCAUGUCUAUUGAUGGAGUAGCUCGGUCCAUCGCUUCUCCUUUCAAUAUAUGGUAUCUUGACGAUGCGACGUUGGGAGGAUCCAUCGAGGCCGUAGCUGCUGAGCUCCGACGAGUUAUUCCUGCUUUAUCUCUGCUUGGACUUGAGAUUAACUCGUCCAAUCACGAAUUAAUUGAUGAGAUACUCGGUGGAUCGUCUCAGUGUUUCUCGGGUAGUUCUUUCGAACACGCUUGCAGCGUCUGGGCCCAAGAAUUACUUUCUCUCCCACCAGACACAUCAAAACAAAAAAGCUGGGAGAAAAUAAAAUGCGAGGCCAAUUUUAUUAAUUUGAGGCUCUCUCUCUGGAUCAGCAUCGCCUCGACUGUCUACUAUCUGCUUCACAACAGAUUAGUGGCGCCUGGCUCAACGCAGUGCCCUCUUCAUCUACCGGUACCCUUCUAG